AUACUGAUACUAUUUAGGUAAACGGGCCGGUACUUCUGACCCUGAUUCUAACCUUUGACCCAGAUUUAUGUUUUUGUUUCUGUGCUAUCAGCCAUUUUUGUUCGAAAUUAUCGGGCUUGCGAGCAUCUAAGGAAGAGGCAAUUUACCCCACGUUCCGUCUGAUGUUUUGGCUAGAAAGCAGCAUGUCCAGACAACAGGAGUUCAUCUGUGGCCUCUCGCACGAGGUUACCAUAGCAGUCCUCCCCAGACUGAACAUGAAGGAGCUGAUAUUUGAACUCAACAGAAGGAUUCAAUACCUAGACAAAGAGAACAGCAUCAAGAACAGGCUGGUUAGUAUCCUUAGGGACAUGAUGUUGGAGGAAUACCGUCAGUGGGAAAGGAACUCAGAAGUCAGUUCUCUAGACGAAACCACCAUAUUUGGGAAAAAUCAGGAGACAGCUACCAUGCAAGAGAACGUUCUGACUGCGUGCACUGAAACAAUGGUAUCACAGACUGCAAGUCCUGACGCAUCACAGCAGAGUUCUGGACUGGAAAUUCUGAUCAAGAAGGAAAGCGAUACAAGUAGUGAAAUGCUCAUGCAUGCAAAGGAGCGAGAGCUUGAUACCAAACAGGCUGUUCCACAACAAGACGAACUUUGUAACAUGCCCAGUCUAGGAUCACCGACGAUACCUUCAUACGAUACCUCUAUGAUACACAUAAAUAACACAACAGACCCUCUCAUUAAAGAGGAAGACUUUGCUAUUAGUACUGAGGAUGAGGAUGAUGCAGGUAGACCUUGUCAUGAUGAGCUUAACGUCGGCACUUCUACAUUCAGUACACAUAUUCAGGUGCAGGAUACACUUAAUUCAAUGAAUACCUCUUACUCUGAGACUCCUCUAAAAAACAAUAUACCCCGUGAGGAAGCACCUUUGGCUUCUUGUCAUCUGCUUCCAGACCACGGUGACGUACAUAUGAAAAUAGAAUGCCAUAUGUCCCAGGAUGAUCAGAACGGACAAAUUUCCCAACCUUCAAACCCGGAUCAAACUGAACACUAUACCGAUGACCGAGACAUUGGUUUAACUAACAACGGACACGAGCAGAGUAGAAAAGACAGUAGUGAGGAAACACCUUUGGCUUCUUGUCAACCGAUUCCAGACCAGGAUUGUAAGAACAUGUCGUCCCUUCGUCCUGACAAUGCCUCACAGAUCGGUUCCAAACGCUAUGUGUGCGAAUUAGAAACAUCAUUCGUAAACAGCUCCUCCAAGCACAGAAAACGUAACAAAGAAGAAAAACCGUACAUGUGCGACGAAUGUGGUUACAGGGCAUACCGCAAAUGUCGUCUUGUGGAACACAUCAGAACACACACUGGCGAGAAACCGUUCAAGUGUAAUCACUGCAACUACAAGACGUCAUUUAAACAAGAGUUAUCCUACCAUAUGAAAAGACACACAGACACAGAACCUUACAGAUGUGAAAUCUGUGACUACAAGACCUACCGAAAGCCAUGCAUUGAGAAGCACAUAAUGUGCCACUCUGGUGUGAAACCCUACAAAUGUAAGGAUUGUGACUACAGUACAAGUAACAAUAGCCAUCUUUCUAGACACAGGAGGCGUCACACCGGUGAGAAACCCUUAAUAGUUGUCAAGAGUGUGACUAUAAGUCUGUAGAUAAGUCCCACUUCGUCAGGCAUAUGAGAAAGAAACACCAGUGAAAUUACUGUCAGUUAGCAACCAGAAAUAACGUGAUGCAUAAUUUUUGUUUCUAUUGUUCACUUAUUACCUUUUUCCAAAAUAGAAACUAGACACAAAACGUGAGAAUUUCUUUGCUUUUUUAAUUUUUCCUUUUUGCUCAUUUCUUUGACUUUCCACUGCUUUACAGUUGUGCAUUGAUAAAGAAUGAUUGGUUCAUGGUUCAAGCGUACGUAGUUGUUGUCAAAGAUAAUUACAAUAACGUGUAUUCUAAGAUAAAUUUCUAUUUAGUAAAGAGUUUGUGUCUGUGCAUCCGCUGUAACAGUACUCACUAAAAGGAAAGGGUAAUAAAAACGAUGUUAAGAUCAUUUACAGCAAUGCUA